GUUUACUGUGAGAACCAGCCCUGCCUGCCAAUCGGUCUGUCCGACGUGCCCGGCGAGGCCAUGGUUAAGAUCUACUGUCCCCGCUGUCAGGACGUAUAUGCGCCCAAAUCGACCCGGCAUCAUCACACGGAUGGAGCCUACUUUGGAACUGGCUUCCCACACAUGCUCUUUCUGGUGCAUCCCGAGUAUCGUCCCAAGAGGGCACCAAAGCACUUCGUCGCAAGAUUGUACGGCUUCAAGGUUCAUCCACUGGCCUAUCAGAUGCAGUAUCAAGCCGCUGCAAACUUCAACGUACCUCUGCGGAGCAGCGGUUUUGGCAAACGCUAG